GAUGUUCGCUGAAUAUUCUGAAUAUAGAAGCAUGAGAAGUCAUUUGCACAGACAUGGAUAAAUAUGAGAGAUUGAAGAAAAUUGGGGAGGGAUCCUUUGGGAAAGCCAUCCUGGUCAAAUCAAGGACAGACAGCCGACAAUAUGUUAAUGAGAUUGGCAUCUCCAGGAUGUCGAACAAAGAAAGGCAAGAAUCACAGAAAGAGGUGGCAGUUCUGGCCAACAUGAGCCAUCCAAACAUAGUCCAGUACAAGGAAUCCUUUGAAGAGAGUGGUUGUUUGUACAUCGUAAUGGACUACUGUGAGGGAGGAGACCUGUUUAAGAAGAUCAAUAAUCAAAGAGGGACUCUGUUCCCUGAGGAACAGAUUCUUGACUGGUUUGUGCAGAUCUGCCUGGCUCUGAAACACGACAUGGCCGCAAAAAUCCUACCGGACAUCAAAUCACAGAAUAUUUUUCUGACCAAAGAUGGUACCAUUCAGCUGGGUGACUUUGGAAUCGCUAGAGUUUUGAAUAGCACCGUGGAGUUGGCGAGGACAUGUAUCGGCACACCUUACUACCUGUCACCAGAGAUAUGUGAAAAUAAACCAUACAACAACAAGAGUGAUAUCUGGGCCCUGGGAUGUGUCCUGUAUGAAAUGUGCACGCUAAGCAUGCAGUAAUUUGAGGCCGGAAACAUGAAGAACCUGGUGUUAAAAAUCAUCCGUGGUUCGUACUCUCCUGUUUCCGCACAUUACUCCCAAGACUUGCGCUCUCUCCUGGCCCAGCUGUUCAAGCGCAACCCCCGGGAGAGACCGUCCGUCUCAGCCAUUUUGGACAAGCCUUUUCUUUCUCACAGGAUUCACAGGUUUCUCAGCCCUCAGAUUAUUGCUCAGGAAUUCAGCCACUCACUUCACCUUAAUCAGCCUAAAACGAGUGUGGCUCAUCACCCCCCAGCCAAACGCCCUGCGCCAGGCCCUAUCCCCAUCUCUCCAGCUCAGAAAAUCACAAAGCCAGCAGCCAAAUACGGAGUGCCUUUAACAGUCCGGAGACCAUCUGACGCCAUCAGAAAGGUCCCGGAUUCAGCAAAGAAACCAGUCAAACUCAAGCAGGCUCCCCCUCCUGCAGCAGCUCAGAGGAGAGUGAGUCGAGUGGAGGAGGAGAGGAGGAAGCAUGAGGAAGGCGUGAGGAAGAAACGGAUGGAGAUGAUGGAGAGGGAAAGGAAGCAAAGAGAACAGAUGUUGUUGCUGAAAGCUGCUCAGAUGAAGAGAUUUGAGAGAGAAAAGCUGAACCGGAUAAACCGGGCUCGGGAACAGGGCUGGAGACAUGUGCUCAGUUCCAGUGGAGGCAGCAGCCCUGAACGAAAGUUUUAUGGAGGUGGAGGUGGUGGUGGUGGUGGUGUUGGAGCACCACAUUCCUCUGGAAUAGGCCCAUCCCUUGUGCCUGGCCCCACCCCUACUCCUGGUCCUGUUCCUGCUUUAGCUGCAAGCAGAGCUCCAUAUGACCAUGUCCACACAGCAGCUGAAAAACCAUGCAAACCUACACCUAAAGAUGGUGCUGGGGAAGGAGCCAAGUCUUCGGGGGACAAUGGCAGCACAGCUACAGACUCGGGGUCGCUGAAUGGUCAUGCCUGCAUCCCGGUUAAGGAUAGUGUUAGGAAAGAAUCCCGUAAAGCAAGUCUCCAAAAUGAGCAGAUUUCAAAGAACGACUAUGCCAACAGGUUUCGAGGUCAGCUGGCGGCAGAGAGGGCUAAGCAGGUGGAAGAGUUUCUGCAGCGGAAAAAAGAAGCCAUGCUGAAUAAAGUCCGUGCAGAAGGACAGUUGGGGGCCCGGCAAAACCUGGCCGCCAUCUUUGCAAGCUGGACAAACUCCUCCCGAUGCAGGAGACCCCAAGUCAACAAAGAGGAGGAGGAGUACUUGGCGAGAUUACGACAGAUCCGACUACAGAACUUCAAUGAACGCCAGCAGAUCAAAGCUCGCCUCAGAGGAGAGAAGUAUGACAGCGACGGCUCAGACAGUCAGGAGUCAUGUGAAGAGGCAGUACUCAGGAGGAAGAAAAUCGAGGCUUUAAAGGCCCAGUCAAAGGCUCGUGCUGCUGUAAUUAAAGAACAGCUGGAAAAGAAGAGAAGAGAAGCAUAUGAGAGGGAGAAGAAAGCUUGGGAGGAUCAUCAGCUCAUUGCACGAGGAGUGAAGGUUGCUGUUGGAGCUGUGGGUGGAACUCCACCUCCUGCAGCCCCUGCCACUCAGCCAUCUGACUACCCUCAGGAAGAUGCUUCCAAAGCCACACCCUCCUCUAGACCCACCACUCCAGCCAUCUCCAUGACUGCUGCUCUGAAGGAUGUGGGCGCAAUUUCAUCAGGACAGAGUUCUCCUAUGAAAGAGGACUCCCUUAAAGCGGAAACAGCAGGUGUACAGAGUGACAAGAAGGAGAUUCUUCGCAGACUUAAUCAGAAGGUCCAGUCCACUGGGCAAGAUGCUGUGAAAGAUGACACACCUUGCAGCAGGGCACCAUGCCCAACUCCUCAACAGAUCCAGCCUGCUAUCACAGAAGAAAGACCUCCUACCGCUGGUGAUAGGAGGAAAUGGGAAACUGUUGCUCCACCCAUAUUGUCUGUAGCCGAACAAACUCUGGAGGAGACCUGCGCAACUCUGGCAGUGUCCCAGGUGGCAUCUCCAGAGACGAAUGCUCCCUCUGGUGGAGACAGGAAGAAGUGGCAGACUGAUUGUGCCCCUCCUCUGUCUGUGGCUCAGCAGACUCUGGAAGAAACUAGCCUUACAACAGCAGCUCAGCUUACAGCAGGUGAAGUCAUUUGCAUGGAAGAUUGGCAGGGUGAGGGGCUAAGAAAGGCUUGGGGGCGGAGUCCAGACUCAGAGGUUCUGAAGGUGUUGGAAGAGGCAGAGCUCCAGCCCUUUACCGAGAAACUAGAUCCUGCCAGCACCUGUGACCACACACUGACUGAAAGCCUUAAUCUAGAAGAGUCUUUAGAUGUCACUCAUGAAACCAAACAAGUGCCUCUUCCUCAGCCAUGCCAGCCUGCCUUUGGCCUUGCCAAACAAGAAGUGACAUGUCAGGAGACAGUGCCAAUCACAGCAGAGGUUAAAAGUCAGGAACUAAUCUCACCAACAACAGAAGAGAUCCAAAAGACUCUGUGUGAAGAAAUUGAGACAGAGGUGGUGGAUGAUAUGGAGUCAGUAGUUCUAGAUGAAGUCUCUCAGCAAACCUCAAAGCCGCCCCCAGCAGAUGUUAUGCAAGCAUGGACACAUGACAGUCCAGUGUCUCCGCCAGCAGAGGGCAGAGUAAUACAAGAAGAGUGCACAAAGACACAAAGAGAAGAGAAACACCCUGAACCUGCAGAUGAGUCUCUGUUUGUGAAGCUAAGCAGUAGUCCAGCUCACAGACGAACAGUAGCGUUGACUAUGCUGUCUGCUCAAUCCUCCUUGGAAGACUCUUCCUCCAUCGCCUCACGUUCCCGCUCUGUCUCCCCACUGCGCUCUCAAAGACAUGGUGACGCACUUCUCAUUGGCCUCUCCACUGGGCUCUUUGACACAAACAACCCUAAGAUGCUGAGGACGUGCUCUUUACCAGACCUCAGUAAAGUAUUCAUUGAUGCUGCAGAACCUGAAGUUGCAGUCGCUCCUGACAACAACCUGGAGAUUGAAGAUCUGGAGGAUAAAGCAGAUGAGCAGUCUGAAUCUGAAGAUGUGUAUGAGGAUGAUGAUUUGAGGGAGCUCAGAGCUUCUAUGGAGAGGCUUCUUCAUGAGCAGCGCAGUGAUGAUGAAGAUGACGAAGAAGAGGACGAGGAUGGUGGUGGAUCCAACAGUAGUCCAGCUGAUGAAGAGCCAGCUGGCCUUGAUAGGUUGGCUAGUGCUGGUGUUGACAAACACAGUCCAGAGGAGGAGUGUUUUAAUGGAAUGGCUGAGGAGGAGGAUGAUGUUAGCCAUGGUGAAGAAGAGCCAGGAGGUCCAGUUACCAACGGAAUGGAGGUUGAAGAGGAUGAAGAGCAGAACAGUAGUGAAGGCCAGCUCAAUGAGGAGUGGCAGUCUGAUGACAGCGAGGAAGAAGAGGACAUCGAAGACCUUGAGCAACAGGACAGUAUCUUCAGUCGUCUGGAGGAGCUGCGAUUCCAUCUAGAGCAGGCCAUGGGCUUUGAGAACUUCAUUCAAGCCUACAACAAAAUCAAGGCAAUUCAUGAGGAUGAAGACGAGAACAUUGCAAUGGGCUCCAGCAUGGUGCAAAGCAUUUUGGGGACUGAGCACCAACACUUGUAUCCUAAAAUCCUACAUUUGGUGAUGGCAGAUGGAGCCUACCAGGAGGGUAAAGUGUUUACACACAUUCUCACUUUCUGAUCCAUUCAUGCACCAUUUCUUUUGAUGUUCUUCAUACAGUCACACUAGUUCAUUCAACCAGAUAUUUGCAAAAAUAGAGCAAUGAAAUGGCUCAACAUGAAUGUGUAGAAGAGAGUAGUUAUGUCAUUCAGUGCAGUGUGAAUCAAGUACUUUAGAGAAUGCACUGAAAACACAUUCAUAAAGAGACU